AUGGGAUUCUUUUCGUCCAUGGGAUAUGCGCUAUUGGCGCCAAUUCGGGCCUUGCGCUACAAGACGGCGACGCCAACGAUGAAGGAACGGGUCAUCAAGGGAGGGAUUUUGUGCCGCAAGCUGUGGGUCGUAUUUCCACCCAUUAUGCUCUACCAGUACAUUAGAGGAACAGACCGCGAAAUGCUAACGACGGAGCUUUUCUAUACAAAUUCACAAAGUGAAGACGCCGAGGCGUUUUACAACCCCGCAAAACCAAGAGCCUACAGGAACUGGAAAGUUCAACAUGAUUUAGCGCUCUUGUCUGCCGCCGCUAAUCAGAAUGCAAAGUCUUAAAUGCGAACUAUGUGUCCGUAGCCAAGCGGAGGACUGAGCGACUAUCAGGAGCUCUGUGGCGACCAACGGGAGCCUA